AUGGAUACAGAAAAAGAGGAAAAGGAAGCUCCAAAAUGUGGCUAUCUCAAAGGAAAUGAGGUUCUCAUUUCACUUCUGGAUCGUGUCAAACCUGAAGUUCGUGAGUUUAAAGAAAAAUGCAUUUUGGUCACAACCUGGAUCCAGUUCAUGAUCCCCAAAAUUGAGGAUGGCAACGACUUCGGGGUUGCAGUUCAGGAGAAAGUGCUGGAACGUAUCACAGCGCUGAAGACCAAAGCUGAUGCUUUCCAAACCACCAUUGCUAAAUAUUUUUUGGAGCGUGGCGAUGCGGUCGCCAAGGCUUCCAAAGACACUCAUGUGAUGGACUACCGGUGUUUGGUUCAUGAACGUGAUGAAGCCAUUUACCGAGAAAUGCAGAUUAUGGUGCUUGAUAUCCGUGGAUUUUAUGCUGAGCUGUACCACAUCCUAAGCAAAAAUUUGGAGAAAUUGACCAACCCCAAGGGUGAAGAAAAGCCAUCCAUGUACUAACAGGGAAAGAGGCAUUUAAGGGAAAACAGGCAAGGGAUGUUAUGUGGGUCAAUUUACGCUAAUAAUAGAAUUUGCCAGAAUCCGUGACCGCUGUUCCUUGCAGGGGAAGCUCAAUGCAACCUUUUCUGUUUUUUGGGGGGAGGUUGUUGGGUAAACAUAAAAAUACAGGGUUAAAAAGAGAUCUUAUUAUUUAGAACCCAGAAGAAGGGAGAUGUCUGGGAAAGAAGCAAAUAGGGUAACAAAAUAAAAUGUUUCAAUCAA